GAUUGGCCCGGUCGGUAAUCCAGUCUGCAUAUCGGCAUUCAACUGUUGAAUGUAAAUGAUAAUUACAUACUGCAUUGCUCGUGGAAUUUAGUGCCAACGAAAGGUUCUCGCAACAACUGUUGCUUGCAUGUCAGAUGCUAGAUCACCGUUAACCGUAAUCAAAGUGUAACAAUUUUUACUUCCCUAUUCAUCUGAUUCACACAUUCAAAAGCACAAUCAUGGAUGGCGGUGGAUUCUCUGGCGAAGGAGAUUUGGGUGGUCCUCGAACUACACAGCAAGCAUCAACAACCAAGAAGAUGCAAGAUACACAGGCAAAGGUUGACGAGGUUGUUGGGAUAAUGAAGGUUAACGUCGAAAAGGUCUUGGAGCGCGAUCAGAAACUGUCCGAACUAGACAACAGAGCCGAUGCUUUACAGCAGGGAGCAGCUCAGUUUGAACAGCAGGCAGGAAAACUGAAAAGAAAAUAUUGGUGGAAGAAUUUGAAGAUGAUGAUAAUUAUUGGGAUUAUAUGCGUCGUCAUAUUGAUAAUCAUAAUCGCUGCAACCCUUCCUUCUUCCAAGCCAAACGAGAGUGUGCAACCAGUUGCGAAAGGGGAUAAAGAAUAAAGUUUGAAUCCUUCAUCACAUAUGAAGAUUCAUAAGUCGGUACCAAUUCAAAAUAACAAGUUUAAAUAUAGGAAAUAAGAUGGGAAGGAGUUUUCUUUGGAGCAAUAAUGGUAAUAUUAACGAUAUGCUUAACAAUUAGGUGGUGUACGUAGAAAACGGUAAUGAUUUCAAUAACAGCAAUGAUAGUAACAAUGUGAUUUCUGAAGUGGAAGAAAUAGAAAAAAAAGGAGAAGAAACUAAAAAAAGAUACUAUUAAAAGAUACUAUUUAAGAAAAGAAAAAUAUUUUAGUAACAAAUAUUUUUUGAAAACUUUACUCGGAUAUUUAACCAACGCACAAUUUUUAUCAUAAUUUUUAUCCACAAUAAGUAUUAAGUCAACUGUCAAAAGGCAUUGUGAGGUCUGUCAGUUAUUCAAUACUGUUUGACGUCAAUAGUCCACAAAUUUGAAAGUAUUCAUUGAUUGUUUUCAUUUAUCUUUUUUUGUUUGUGCAACAGCGCAAGAGCAAUAGGCGAAUGGACUUUUUUCGCCGCUUAUUCAUGUUACUUUAAACACUGUAUUUUCUGUUUUAAUCGCUCAUUGUAAAAUUAUUAAUUACAUAUGAUACAUAAAUGUUAUACCUCUACGAUAUACACUUAUACUGUAUAUAUACUUAAAGACAUGAAUUAUAACGUUUGUAUUCUUUAA